AUGAGUUUAUUUGUUCUUCCUCCAGAUGUGACUCAGCUUGCAGACUCAAACACAACUGUCUCCCAGCUCACAGAGUUUUUACUCCUAGGAGGAGAGCUGGGUCAUAAUGAGUUCUAUACAGAACUCUCCAUCAUUCUGCUGGUGGUGUACUUGCUGGUUCUCAUGGGAAAUCUGACAAUUUUAACUUUAGUGGUAGCUGAUCACAGGCUACACACACCAAUGUACAUUUUGCUCAGUAAUUUAUCUUUCAUAGACAUAGUCAUCACAACUACUGUGAUACCCAAAAUGAUAUCUGUGUGCAUAAAGAAUGACAUGGCCAUUUCCAUUUCAGGAUGUUUUUUACAAAUGUACUUCUAUUUGUCAUUACAAUCAGUUGAAAGCUUUCUUCUAACUGUCAUGGCUUAUGAUCGUUAUGUUGCUAUAUGCAAGCCUCUGCACUAUAACACUAUUGUUACCAAUGGGGUGUGUGCUCUCCUGGCAGUUACAGCUUGGAUUUUAGGGUUAUGUGGAGCUUCAAUUGCCGUGAUUCUUGCAACACAGUUACCUUUCUGCAACAACCAAGUGUUUUUUUGGUUUUGUGACUACCCACCUGUGGUGAGACUUGCCUGUAUGGACACCACAUUUUUAUUAGAUCUAGCUCUUGGACUUGCUCUUGUAAUAAUCUACUUCCCAUUCACAGUCAUAGUUUGGUCAUACAGCAAAAUCAUUUUGUCAGUUUUCAGAAUUGGAUCUUCUGAUGGGCAUCUUAAAGCCUUUUCCACCUGUUCUUCCCACCUCAUUGUUGUUCUUACCUUCUACCUAGCUCAUUCCUGUGUUUACAUUAGUGUAAAGUUUCAAAACGUUCCUCAAAGAGCCAUAAUGGUAAUCUCUAUUGUCAACUGUUUCCUGACUCCUCUAGUUAAUCCUAUUGUUUACAGUUUCAGAAACAAGGAGAUAAAGAGAGCUUUACGAAAACACUUCCCAAGAAAAAGAACUUUUCCUUGA